AUGAUACUGCUGGUCGCCUGUCUCAGCCUCCUAAUUGGUCCCGGUGAACUGGGAAACCUGAACAAUGGCCUAUCCGUCGGUGUGACAACUGCUCUCGGCAUCGGUGCGUUGCCUUUUGGAUUCGCGACAGGACCCAGGUACGUUCCGAAAUGGAAAAAGCAGGCGUGCGAAAUACCAGCCUCUCAGCAUCCAAAUUCGCACUACGUCUGCGACGAAGCUGGAGAAGUAAAGUGUUUACCAGGAUGGACGGGCGAUUUGUGCGACGUGCCAAUCUGUCGCAAGGGGUGCGACCCUCUUCAGGGUUACUGCCGUCGACCCGGUGAAUGUCGCUGCAAAUUGGGCUUCUAUGGCGAGCUGUGCGACAAGUGUGUAGCUUUGCCAGGAUGUCAGCACGGCAGCUGUAACGUGAGCUUCGAGUGUUCCUGCGAUCCUGGGUGGAAAGGCAUGUUCUGCUCGGAACCGAUCUGCGCAACCGAUUGCCUGUCCAGCCAGGGAUACUGCGAGAAGCCAGGCGAGUGCAGGUGCCGACUAGGUUGGCAGGGGCCAAAGUGUAAGCAGUGCGCAGUUUUGCCAGGAUGUAUGCAUGGAACAUGUCAAGGACCUCUGGAAUGUCGCUGCGAGCCUGGCUGGACUGGACUCCUUUGUCAGACACCGCUCUGCUCGCAAGGAUGCAGCCGAGAGCAUGGCACCUGCCGUCGUCCAGGAACGUGCAGGUGUCGCGUAGGAUGGACGGGUCCUAACUGCACCGAAUGCGUCCCUUAUCCUGGAUGCGUCCACGGGUCCUGCAAACGACCAUGGGAAUGUCGAUGCGAGCCUGGAUGGGCGGGCGAUCUGUGCAACGAGAAGCUGACUUACUGCGACGAGCAUCCAGGAAUCUGUCGCAACAAUGCAACCUGCAUGAGUAUGACAGAGGAAGACGGCAAUUACAGAUGCAUUUGUCCUCUUGGCUACAUGGGUCGUCAGUGUCAAAUCAAAACGAUGGUCCCCUCGACGGAGCUGAUACCUCCGAUGCCCGAAUCCACGGAUUCGGAGAUAAAACCGCAAACGAUUUCAACGAAACCAGAACUUAAUUCUCAAAUUGUAGACGACACGGUGAAGGAGGAAGAGCAGACGGCCGAACCUCUUGGACCAAUUGUUAUCACGGAUCCACCGUCCACUAUCGAUCCCUCCGCGACCGUAGGAAAAUGGCCAACCGAGCCUCCGACGGAACCACCCUUCAUGGAACUGGACAACGAAAACGAAACGUAGAAUACGACGGAGUCUGAUCUUUGACCGUUAUUUAUUUAACUUAUUUAUUUAUUUAUUCCAAUCGUAAUCAUGUUUUGUAUCGCUUAAAAAUUACUUGCAGGCUCCGAAUAUAAUUGACGAAGAUUUCUUUUAUACGCGAGAGUCUUUUACACGUAGGAUAAUAAAUAAAUGGAGUCACAGACGUGUAA